UCAAGAAGCGGCCGCUAGUCGCACUGUAGCCGGCGCCCGCGCAUCCAGAACACAGGCGCGAUCCAAAAAUACCAACAAGAGCCCGGCCGCAUUCGUUGAAAUGGGCUGAUCGUGCGCGCUGUAAAAUUCAAAAUCCGAAUCGAAACAUUCCAAAUUCGAGAAUUUAAAUAUCGAAACUAGUGUUGUUCAGAUGUGAUGUCGCCGACUGCCCUAGGUGCUGAUUUGCCGCAGUGGUGCGGUAAAACCGAAAGCUGCCCUCAAGCUUUAUUGGGAUGGCUGUACUUGACUCACGACCAAAAUGACCAGUGGGUGCCAGGCUCCGUAUGGGGACCUUUGCCGACAGCUGCACCGGGGUCUGCGCAGACGCAGGCUGAUGACAACAACUCCCUGGCGGAUCAGCUAGCAGCAUUGUCCCUAAGAAGACCACCGAGGCCUCCUCCACCGGCCUAUAUGUGUCAUCUGUGCUUCAAGAAGGGACAUUAUAUUGGAGACUGUCCUCAGGCGCGUCCUAAAGGUGAAGGGCUUACCCCUUACCAGGGCAAAAAGCGUUGUUUCGGAGAAUACAAGUGCCCGAAAUGCAAACGCAAGUGGAUGAGCGGCAAUUCCUGGGCAAACAAUGGCCAGGAGUGCAUCAAAUGCAGGAUCAACGUGUUUCCUCAUAAACAGCGCCCACUGGAGAAACCUGAUGGGUUGGAUGUGAGCGACCAGUCCAAGAUUCAUCCUCAGCAUCUCUGCCAAAAAUGCCGCUCCUUAGGUUACUACUGUCGAAGGGAAUACUAAAGCUCUCAAGAGAAAGCUUCACACGUGUCGUGGCAUGAAAAUAAAACGUUUUAAUGGUGUCAAACUCUUAAAAUCAACACUUGGCAUUAACAAUUAAGUGGAUACUCUAAGCAUGCAGUUCCAAGCAGUAAUGAAGUCACAAAAAGCCACAACACCGUACUAUGUAUUGGAAUGUGUCGUCACACAUUCGACACUUCUAGUCUUAUUCCGAAUUCUAUGAUGGUGACUGAAGGUGCCUGUUUGCUUUGAGGAAGAGGACUCACAUCACUGAUAGAUUCCAAAGCCACUGAUCACGAAAUCAUGCUCCUACCAGUAAUCCCAAACGUCCAGAUAUCCCUCAUUUAAGAACCAACUAAAUCGUACCUUGCAAAAACUAUAA